CCUCCUAGCAGGCAUUGACCUGGUCUUGUUGAUUGCCUCCUAAAAAUAAACAUACCCGCAAAUUUAGCACAAAAGAAUGAGGAUAUUAAGUUGUGAAUCACAAAUUAAAAAUUGUUGGUUGAUGGUGUCAGUCCUUUCUGAUGAUCAAAGACAAAAAUAAUAAAAUAAUAAAAAAACAAAAAUAAAAUAAAAAAAAACCACCUCUUAUUAUAUUCCAUUGUACCUGUCCAAUACCCCAUUCUAUUGUUUUUGGUGAUGGUGGUGGGUGGCCAUUGAUGCAUGGUAGAACCACCCACCAUGGCAGGCGGCGGCACACCACCACCACGGAAGAUCAUAGUGGUAGCGGACCCCACGCGCGAGUCAGCAGCUGCGCUCCAAUACGCCCUCUCUCAUGCAGUCCUUGAACACGACACAUUGAUCCUCCUCCAUGUCAAGAAUCCAAAUGCAUGGAGGAACCCCAUUAACUUCUUCAAGUGGCCGGCCCCCACCGGCUCCUCCACCACAGAAGGGGGUGGUGGCGGUGGUGGUGGUGGUGGUGGUGCCGGAGGGGAUGUUGACUUUCUCGAAGCAAUGAAGCAUGCUUCCGAGAUGGCACAUCCGAAGCUACGUGUGCAGGUGGAGAGGGUAGAACUGGAUGGCAAGGACAAGCCUUCUGUAGUUAUUCAUCAUUGCACGGUGCAUGCAGCUGAUCUCGUUGUGGUUGGGCAACGAUGGAGACUUAGCAAUGCAAUAUUAGGACAUAGGCGGAAUGGGUCACUUGGGUCAUUAAGAGGAAUAGACACAGCAGAGUAUUUGAUUGAGAACAGCAAGUGUACCUGUGUUGCAGUGCAGAAAAAGAGCCAAAAUGCAGGCUAUCUUCUCAAUACAAAAACCCACAAAAAUUUUUGGCUCCUGGCAUAAGCUUGGAUGGAUUCAGCCACUUGUUCCUGAGAAAUUGCUUGCACUCUUCAUAGUUUACUACUUUUCCAGUCAGUUUGUUAAAUUUCAGUUCAUUAAUUGUUUCCAUAUUUUGUUCCUACAGAAACAGAUCAAUUUGAUUCACUGUUCUGUAUAGUGA